UGAGCACCAACCCCCAGAGUCAGUCACGACUGGACUUAACGUCAGGGGAAACCAGCCACAUUUCCCCUGCCAAACAGCAAUACAGUAGAGUCUCACUUAUCCAACAUUCUGGAUUAUCCAACGCAUUUUUGUAGUCAAUGUUUUCAAUACAUUGUGAUAUUUUGGUGCUAUAUUCGUAAAUACAGUAAUUACGACGUAGCAUUACUGCCUAUUGAACUACUUUUUCUGUCAAAUUUGUUGUAUAGCAUGAUGUUUUGGUGCUUAAUUUCUAAAAUCAUAACCUAAUUUGAUGUCUAAUAGGCUUCUCCUUAAUCUCUCCUUAUUAUCCAACAUAUUCACUUAUCCAACGUUCUGAUGGCCCGUUUAUGUUGGAUAAGUGAGACUCUACUGUAUAUUCUUUGCUCUGGGUUGUUGUAUGUCUUUCGGGCUGUGUGGCCAUGUUCCAGAAGUAUUCUCUCCUGACGUUUCGCCCACAUCUAUGGCAGGCAUCCUCAGAGGUUGUGAGGUAUUCUUUGCUCUCUUUGAGGCUGUGCUUCCUUUCCUUCCGGGCUCAAUCCGCUUCUCCUUUAAAGGCCAAGGAAGGUGCCAAGGGCUGAGCUGGAGCGACGCCUCGAAAACCUGGGGUCGAAAAGGGAUGCCGAGGAGGCGGAUCCUCGGCUGAUAGACAGCGCCGGCAGCCAAUCGGCGCCGCUUCUGGGGAAGCUGCGGAAAGCCGAGCUGAGCCGCUGAGCCGGGCGCUUUGGCCAGAGCCGGGAGCUGGAAGCCCGGCCGCUCCUCCUCGCCUUCCUUGUUCCGUCUCGGGACGGGAUUCAAGUUGCCCCUUCUCCGCGCCUCCUCUGUCGCCUUUAUUUUUCUUUCUCUCUGUCUUGGGGAUCCUCGCCCAGCCCUUAAAGUUCCCCGCCACCAGUUAGGGCAAGUCAGCCAAGGGAGAAGAAGCCAUACUAUGGUUGUCUUGUAACUGAGAGAUGCACUCUGUGGCUACUGAAAAAUUGGAUAUAUUAAUUGUUAUCUCUGUUACCUGAGGACUUCAUUUCAUUUGAUUCUUCUGGACAAGAUCAAUCAAGUGUCUUCUGGUUUUAAAGAAUCAGUCUGAAAAGAACACUGUGAUAUAAAAUGUGUGGCUCCAGCAGUCAAUUGUGAAGAUCAGCAAAGUGAACAAUUUCAUCACUUUACAUUCGAUGAUGUAAGUGACCUCUGACCAAUGGACAGCUGAACCAUGGACAGGAUAAAAAAACCUUUCUGGACUGUUUUUUUAAAUCAGUUCUUUCCUUCACCCAUGGAAGCCUGUUAACAGAUUACAGUAAUAAAAAAGGAAGUGCAGACGGGAAGAAAGCACCUUCAACUGGAAAGCGAUCCUACAAUGAGAAUUACGAGCACAUCUUGUAUCUGUCCAGUCCUAGUUUGUCUCUGUUUUGUGCAGAGGUGUUAUGGAACUGCACAUCAUGGCUCCAUCAAGGUGACCAGAAACCAAACCAAACAUAUAGAGGGGGAAACGGAAGUGCACCAUCGUCCCAAACGUGGAUGGGUAUGGAACCAGUUCUUUGUUUUAGAAGAGCACAUGGGACCAGAUCCACAGUAUGUUGGAAAGCUACACUCCAAUUCUGACAAAGGUGAUGGAUCAGUCAAAUACAUCCUUACGGGUGAAGGCGCUGGGACUAUCUUUAUUAUUGAUGACACAACGGGGGACAUCCAUUCAACCAAAAGUCUAGACCGGGAAAAGAAGACACACUAUGUACUGCAUGCCCAGGCAAUUGACAGACGGACAAACAAGCCUCUUGAGCCUGAAUCGGAAUUUAUUAUCAAAGUGCAAGAUAUCAAUGACAACGCCCCCAAAUUUACAGAUGGGCCCUACAUAGUUACAGUGCCAGAGAUGUCUGAUAUGGGUACCUCAGUUCUUCAAGUGACAGCUACAGAUGCAGAUGAUCCCACCUAUGGAAACAGUGCCCGGGUGGUAUACAGUAUUCUUCAGGGACAGCCAUAUUUCUCUGUUGACCCUAAAACAGGAGUCAUCAGGACAGCCUUGCAUAACAUGGACCGGGAAGCCAGGGAACAUUACUCGGUUGUCAUUCAAGCCAAAGAUAUGGCUGGACAGGUUGGAGGGCUGUCAGGAUCAACCACUGUAAAUAUAACACUCACUGAUGUCAACGACAACCCUCCCAGGUUCCCUCAGAAACAUUAUCAGCUAUAUGUUCCUGAGUCUGCGAAAGUUGGCUCCGCAGUAGGCAAAAUCAAGGCAAAUGAUGCAGACACUGGGUCAAAUGCGGACAUGAAAUAUUCAGUUAUAAAUGGGGAUGGCUCUGGAGUGUUUACAAUAUCAACUGACAAAGAAACACGGGAAGGAAUUAUUUCCUUGAAGAAGCCACUCAACUAUGAAAAAAAGAAAUCCUAUACUCUUAAUAUAGAAGGAGCAAAUACCCACCUCGAUUUCCGCUUCUCACAUUUAGGACCUUUUAAAGAUGUAACUAUGUUGAAGAUCAUUGUUGGGGAUGUGGAUGAGGCUCCAGUGUUCACUCUGCCAUCUUAUAUCAUGGAUGUUCAUGAAAAUGCCAGGAUUGGAACUAUUGUGGGAACAGUAACAGCACAGGAUCCAGACAGUGCUAACAACUUAGUAAGAUAUUUCAUUGAUCACAACAUUGAAGAAGAUAGAUAUUUCACCAUUGAUGCAAAUACAGGAACCAUUAAAACUGCCAAGGUUUUUGACAGAGAAGAAACCCCUUGGUACAACAUCACUGUCACUGCUUCUGAAAUUGAAAGUCCUAGUCUCCUGAGCCAUGUCCCUGUUGGAAUUAAAAUUCUUGACGUCAAUGACAAUCCCCCAGAGCUUGCUGAAGACUAUGAUGUAGUUGUCUGUGAAAAUGCAAAGCCUAACCAGGUUAUUCAGACGAUCAGUGCUACAGACAAAGAUGACUUCGCAAAUGGACAAAGAUUUUAUUUUUCCCUGGAUGACAGUUUUCCUUCAAAUCCCAACUUUACAUUAAAGGACAAUGAAGAUAACACAGCCAGCAUCCUGACCCGACGGAGGAAAUUUAGCCGGACUACUCAGGACACAUAUUACCUCCCCAUUGUGAUCUCUGAUGGAGGCAUCCCCUCUCUCAGCAGUAGUGCCACCCUUGUAAUACGUGUGUGUGCAUGUGAAAGGGAUGGCCGUGUACGGACCUGCCACGCGGAAGCUUUCCUCUCUUCUGCCGGAUUGAGCACAGGGGCCUUAAUUGCCAUCCUGCUGUGUGUCAUCAUUCUCUUGGCAAUAGUGGUCCUUUUCAUCACUCUAAGACGCAGCAAAAAGGAGCCUCUGAUCAUUUCAGAGGAGGAUGUACGGGAAAAUGUGGUCACCUAUGACGAUGAAGGGGGAGGCGAGGAAGAUACUGAAGCUUUUGACAUCACAGCUUUACGGAACCCAUCAGCUGCUGAAGAACUGAGGUAUCGAAGGGAUGUUCGGCCUGAAGUCAAGCCUGCAGUCAAGCAUCCCACUUCAUCCAGCCUUGACAGUAUAAAUGUUCAUGAAUUUAUUAAACAGCGACUGGCAGAAGCAGACCUUGAUCCUAGUGUGCCCCCGUAUGAUUCUCUACAGACUUAUGCAUAUGAAGGUCAAAGGUCAGAAGCCGGAUCUAUCAGCUCCUUGGAUUCAGCAACUACACAUUCUGACCAGGAUUAUAAUUACCUUGGCGAUUGGGGACCAGAGUUUAAGAAGUUAGCCGAACUUUAUGGAGAAAUAGAAUCCGAAAGAACAACUUAACUUUCCUUUAUCAUUACCCUAACAAGGAACAUUUUAGUUCCCCAAAUAACUUGGAAAAGAGAAGAGUGAUAUCAAAAGAAAUAUAUACAUAUAUCUAUGGUUACAGUACUCUGAACAACUGGAAAAAGCUGUACACAGUUACUGUAGAAACAAGUGCCCUUUUCACAUUUGAAAGUGGGUUCUUCAAUUGGAAGAAAGUCAAAUUUUGAAGGAAAAAAACCUGCUACAAAAUAAAAGAUUGUCCCUUUGUGUAUAUUUUUAAUUGUUCAAUAAAUUUCAUGGUAAGGUAUCAGGAAUGACACCUUAUGAUAUAUCAAGUUGCAGUAUCCCUAAGCAUACCAGAGCUACAGUGAGUUUACUAUGAUGCUUACUCACAAGAAGAACUAAUUCUGCCUGUAGGUUUGGGGGUUUAAGGUAACUGGCUGGAAGGUUCAUUUGUUUCUGCUUUAACCCCACAGCAGUUUUAUUUCCUACAGAAGCAUGGAUUGGAAUUAUCCAAACAGGUGCCAUUUUAGUGUCUGCUCUGGAUUUUAUUUAAGUAGUGAGCUCUGUUGGGGAAUGCAACACUUCACUGGGCCAACCCCAAUUUUUCCAUGCAUGGAGAGGUGAUGAAGCAAGUAUUUAAUUGUUACUUCUUGAAACACGCUCAUAAUCCCCUCCUUUUACAACUUUUCAAGUUUUCAGUUAUAUCAAUGUUACUGUUUCCAUUUUAGCCAUUAUUUUCAGUGCAAUCCUAUGCAUUCUGUUUAGAAGCAAGAUCCACUGAGCUAAAUGGGCUUUGAUCUCUGAUAAGUGGGUAUAGGACUGCAGUAGUGGUCUGUUAUUUUUAAAAUGUUCACACAUUUUUCCUUUUAAUUUGGAUUGGACAGUAUAAAUUUUUUUCUGCAACAAAGCUGAAGACAAAAAGGGAGUUUGUUUGUGAACUGUUUCUAAUGUUAUUGUAUCGUGGGUUAACCUAUGCAACAGCUUGGGUUGUCGAAUCUUCAUUCAGAUUGGUGAAAAUGUAGACUAUGUAACCAAUUAUAUGCUGCUCUGAAUCAAAAAACUAAUGAGAUGAUCACUUGAUAAUAUAUAAUCAUAGGCAUUUCUAUAUGUUCAUGUGGGAGAGGACAGAUGACACAGGGCAGUCUUCUCUAGAACUUCUGAACAAAACUCUACCCUCUAUGUAUUCCGGACUACACUUCUCAUCAUUUUUGCCAUAUUUAUGACUGAUGAAAGCUAUAGUUUGAUACACCUGAAGGUCAGUAAGUAAUGGCAGGCUGGCGUGGAACACACAGCAUCUUUUGUGGCCCAAGAAUUGACCUGAAGAUGUAUGAGUAUAAGCCACAUUGCUGGCCAUAAGUGGGUCUGAGUUAGUCAAUGCAGUAAUCUAAAAGGUAUCAAUGAUACAAAGCACCUGCAUCAAUGCUGUGCAAAGUGGAGCUAUAAUUACAUUAUUUUCAUAGAAGGUCUAUUCUGUCUUGUAGCAACACACAAUAAUGCUUUGAGCGGGGGGGGGGGGGGAUAUGUUUUUGGCAAUGUGUUUUAGUCAUUUGAUAAUUUCAUAUAAGAUGUGUUUUCUUUUAGUUCAUUUGUUGAAAGCUAAGCUAUAUACAUAUUUCACAUUGAAAUCAAAGUUUCUACAGAUAAAGCAGUUUGGGCCCUUCAGAACAUGUUGGCUAUUUCUAUUUAAAAAACAGGUUUUUUUCUAAAUUAUAAUCAAGGUUAUCAAAGAAAGAUAUAAUUGUCCUGUGUACAGACUACACAGAGACCUUUAAUGAACUAAUAGGGCACAUAUACAAUAUUUGAGAUAAUGUUCUGAAUGUUUGAACAUGAGAAAGUUAUUGUUACUCGGUACAAAGAAUUAUGGGAAAUUACUUCCAGAUAAUGUUGGGUUCUACUCCGAGACUGUUUCCCAAGUAAUUUAAGCAUCUUGAGUAUAGUGUGUACAUGACAUAUGUACAUAUAUUUGCAAGAGAGUUGUUCUUCUAAAGCUCAUUGGUUAAACUGUAGUCUCUGUAUCAGAAGGGAUCAAUUAUUUUAUUACGAAAAUACAACUAAGCAAAUACUGUAUUUAUUCCAUAGUUUGUUUAUUGUUCAUUUUUUAUGUUACAAUUAACUUAUAUUGACUACUUUUCCAAACAUUGCAUAGACGUAUUUGUUGGCAUCAGAGUAUGUAGAGAUAUAUAUCUCUGUGUAAGAUUGCAGCAGAAGUGCUAUUAUACUACAACAAUCAGUCCUUUUCUCAUAUUUGUAGGGAUGGCAGGGUACAAGGGGGCUUUUAUUUCAUUGAUUGUAAGUAAAUUCCUCUUAAGCUUCCACUUAGCCACAUUGGGAGAAGAGGGAUACCUACCAAUAUUUUCUAUUCAGUUGUGGGAAACUGAAUUUAGGAAAGCCUAUAAAUGUAUGAGUUUCUCUAUCUUUCUAAUGGCAAGGACAUUAUAUUGGAAAUUCUACAAAGGAUUGGUUGCAGUACUAUUACUUCACUGUUGUCAUGUAGUGUUGCCAAAAUAGGUAUGAAACUGAAGUACCAAAAGGGGAAAUUUGGAAAGUAAGCAAUGAGCAAUGUGGUAUAAACCCUUAUAAAGGAACAAUGUCUUCAUUCCUCCAUAGUAUUCUGUCCUUCAAAGUGAUAUAUGAUGUAAACUUACAAUGGACAAGGCUGGCCCUAACAUGUGGUAGGUGUCUUUAAACAUUAACGGCUAGUCCCAGCUAGUUUUGACCCACUAAAUCAAUAGGAAGUUGGCUUACUGUUCACCAGUUGAUCCAAUGGGUCCUGACUAAAUGGGAGUAACCAGUAAUGUUCCAAACUUUGUAAAAGAUGCUGGAGAUCAGAAAACAGCAACAAGAUUUUGAAAUGCAGAGUUGCGUGUGAUACAUAUCAUGAUUGGUUCUUUCUAAGCAGCUGCCUUUUGAAGCCUCCAUAUCAUAUUGUUGAGAUGAUUCAACUGGUAGCCUUGUUGACUUCUCUGUACAGAAUGGAACCAUCUUCGUCCUUCUAGACAAAUAGAAUAAUGUCUUGGUUCAGUCCCACCCUAGAUUUCAGGUAUUUUCAGACCUUAAAUAUGAUAGCACUUGAACAGGAAAAUAACUAAAGUCAUGGGAAUACGUACUUUUCAAAUACAAUGUGUUGUUGAAGGCUUUCAUGGCCGAGAUCACAGGGUUGUUGUAUGUCUUUCAGGCUGUGUGGCCAUGUUCCAGAAGUAUUCUCUCCUGACGUUUCGCCCACAUCUAUGGCAGGCAUCCUCAGAGGUUCUGAGGAUGCCUGCCAUAGAUGUGGGCGAAAUGUCAGGAGAGAAUACUUCUGGAACAUGGCCACACAGCCCGAAAGACAUACAACAACCCUUUUCAAAUACAAAUUAGCAUUAUAUCAGGAGACCUGUGGCCCACCUUGACCUCAUCAUGGUGAUGGUAGGCUAUAGUUACAGCUUCCAUUCUUGCUUUCCAUCAAUUAAUUCCUGUAUUUCUAUCCAAUGUUUAUUGCAGUGUUUCCCAAAUUACUGAUGCCUGAAGCACAGUGGCUUUUUUCUGAAUUGAAUUUCAGGUACACUUCUUGAAGAGGAAAACUGCCAGAAAUAACACUUUUUACAGUGUGCAGUGUUUACACAUUUCCUGUUCCCAAAAGAGCCAACUCCCUGAGUUUCUGAAGGAAUUACUCUUUUGUCUUGCUUGCUAAUCGGAGGAAGCCAUGCCCAGAGGUGAGAAAAAAAUAGGUUAGUCUGAGAUUGUUACUCAUAGUGAGUUAACCUUUAUAACAAGGACAGAAUAAGGCUAAAUGUCAAAAUAAUGUAAUGUUUGGAAUGAACAUUACUGGAGUAAUGAACAACAGCCAUAAUUGCUUUUCAGAGUGGGGUAGGGGGGUUGACACAUUGUAACAUUAAUGUCAUCCUGUUCUUUAAAUAAGAAACAGUUCCCUAGUUAUUUUCUCUCCCCCCCCCCCCAAUAAUUCAACUUUGUUAUAAAUGAUAACAACAAAUUACCCUUUUUAACACUACAGCAAAAAAAAAACUCUGUGGGGUUGUUUUACUAAAUAAUAUUCCAAACUUAGAGAAUGCCUAGAGCAUCCUCCAAUCACAACCUAUGCAAAACAAACAUAGCCACAUUCUGGAUAAAUUACAUUCAGAAGCAGAAACAGUGUAGUAAAUCAUAGAAAGUCACCGUGGUCAGUCUCCUCCAGGAAUUACUCUUUUGGUCUCUCAGGAACCUUAUAUUUAUUAUACCAGCCAAUGCAUAAAACUUAUCAGUUCAAUCUCUCAUUUCCUCAAUCUGUUCUCUUUUUGCUUUCUGCCAUUACUAGCCACAAGAUAUGGGAGGCUACAAGAGAGAGAGAGAGAGAUGGCAAUAGAUGUUUCCACUGCCAUUUUCGUUCUGUGCAGAAAAGAACCCACAAAACCCUAUCUCCCAGUGAACAAAGAUAUAUAUCCAGAAAAUUAUUCUAUGUCAUACUAAUCUACCCACUGUACAUAAUCAUGUAUAAGUCAAAGACAGGUUUUGGGGACAAAAUUAAUAAUCUUGAUUUGUCUCAUGGAUAAAUCUAGGGUCAAAGCACCAGUGCCAUCGCAGAGACCCUUGGCUGCCGCCUUUAAUUCCCCAUCCAGACAUUAAAAAGGCAUUCAAAAAGCCCAGAAGAAGUCUCAUAGUGGGAAAAGUAAAAGGGGCCAGUGUUUCUUUUAAGGUUCUACCAGGCUAAACUAAACUCUCAACCUUUCACCACUCCAGUCAGAGGAGAGGAUGGUUCUCUUUUUGAUAAACAUUAAGGUUCAAUACUCACAUUGGCACAUGGAUUAGUCAAACCCGGUUUUGAGCAUUUUGUUUUGUUGAACAUUUCUAAAUGUAUACAUGAAUAUAUAGUUCACAGCUUGAUGUGGGCAACUAUACAUCAGUUGAGUAGAAGUAGAUGGAUUUCUUUAAAAAAUCUAAAAUAAUCACUAUGCACAUGCAAAUGAAACAACAAUGUCAGGUAGGCUUCACAUGAAUAGACAAAAAUGUUUUAAACCUUCUAAAUAUUUGAAAGGGAUUUUUUUAUUUAAAAUAACAUCCAGGAGUAUUUAGUUCCCCAUCAGCCUUCUUAUAGUUCCAAGCUUUUAUAAUUUGGUGGACAAAUGUAUAGAUAUAUUAUAGAAAUAUGCUGAGGGCAGUUGGUGAAAUAGGCUUAUCUGCUGUCUCCUUUUCUUUCUGUUUUGCUGUUGAUUGAUGGAUUCAAAAGACAACUGAUGUUUACCUUACUUGUUGUUGGCAGGCACAAACAGGAGUAGUAAGCUCAUCUGGAGUAUUUCUUUGUAGAUUCUUGUUGUUUCCCUGCUCAAGCUUUUUGACAUCAACUGCAGACACCUACUGCAACCAGUAAAGAAUGACCAGUAAUUCUGUGUCAACUUAAAUAAGUAGUUAACUAAAUAAUCCUGACCCAGCCCAUCCAAAAUUCAAUGAAAUUCUCAUUCACUCACUAUGGUUAGGUAACUGUUCUCUAUUCCCAAUCAUGAUUUUGAUACUAUUGGCAUGUUCCUAACUUAUACCUCAACCUGCUUUAGCAAAGAGUAAUUACAUGAGGAGAAAGAGGGUUGUUCUGCUUUUGAUGGGAGCAUGGUUCAAUGACAUUUUUCAUCAGGUUUUAUGAGGUUAGGUCCGAAAAGGUUACUUAGUUAAUUGCUUUAGUCAAAUAUAAACUGAUGUAGGAGUCCGGUUACAAACACUGAUUAUUGGUUGCAGCAGUUGUCUGCAGUCAGUGCAUGAUAUGGGAUUCUGGCCAUUUUUAAUCCAGCCUUCCUUCAACCAUCCCCUAAUGCCAAUGAUAAAACUUUCCCAUCAGUGAGAGGGCAAGAGGAAGGUCAGUUGUUAAAGAGACUUUGGCUGAUUCUACAUUAUAUGAGUCUGUACUGCCUUAUAAUCCAGUUCAAGGCAGAUAAUCCAGAUUCAGAAAUUGGAUUAUAGGGCUGUGUAGAUGAGGCCUUUGUUAGAUCUUUAUUAGUUGAAAUAUGUUUGGACUAGCUCAGAGCCAGGUCUCCGGGUCUCUGAAUUCUAUAGUCUGGGGAAUUUUAUUAUUUUGUAAUAAAAAACAACAAAAAUAUGUUUUAUAACAAACUUCAAAUUAAAAAAGAGUGUGAUACAGCAUAAUAUUAUCUGAUACACUGGUAUAUUUGAUGGAGCAAUAAAUAAUAUGUUAGAAAAUGAAGUACUAAGUGGGAGCAAAACAUCCAUGGAACAUUGCUACACCGAAAGUAUGCCAUUGCCAUCCACAGUUUAACUUCUCUUCCCAUAAUACCUUCUGUGUUCCAGAUGUUUGGAAAAUAAAUUCUCCCCCAGGUUCAGGGAACUGAUAAAAAGUUGCCUUCAGAAUCCCAUGAACAAAAAUGAUGUAUACAAAUACUAAAGAACAUCAGUUUGGUUGGAAAGAGAACAAUAUCUUUUUUCCUCAUAGCAUCUAUGUAUGCAUGCAGUCAUGCAUAGUGAGAGCUUCUGAUCACAUUUAUUUUCAUUCCAAUAGUCAAUUGUCAUCCAAGUGAUGAGGAAGCCUACCUCCAAAACUAUAGGGAGAGUCAAUACUCAAUUCCCUAUGUGGCCCAAAAGCUGCCCUAGGCUAUUUUCUGACAGCAUUUGUAUCUUGGUUGUGAUGACUGUUGCUAUAAGCCAGGAGUGGAAGAUCUUGUUCAGCCCAAGGCACAAAUUCAAGAUUGGAAAAGUUGUCAGGAGCCAGAUUCCAGUAGGCUGUGAGAUCAAGACAGAGUAGGUUGGGCCAGAUAUAAUUCUAUUUGGAUGUUGUUCUACUAAGCAUGCAAAAUAUAGUUCUGUGCAUUUCAUUUCAUAGUUAAGCAUUAGUGCAGCAAUUUUCAAGUAUGUGAAACAGUCUAAUUCCAGGCAUGUCUACGUAGGAGUAAGGUCAAGUGCACCAGCUUUCCAGCCUGCAAAAUACAGCUCCCUUUUGUUUAAAAUAUUUGAGAGAUGGAUAGUUAAAAAGGGUUUCAGCUAAGAAACUUAAUAUGCCAGUUUGGGAAUUCCACCUGUCUAUAUCUGGCCAAUGGGGAGAUAGCUGGGAAAUUGCUUAUUAGCGCUCUCUCUCUCUCUCUCUCUCUCUCUCUCUCUCUCUCUCUCUAAAAUCAAAAUAUGUCUUUCUGUCUGUCUUUUAGAUCCACAAAAGCUCCUACAUGGCUUGGCACACAUACCUUUCAUUAACCAGCUUAAAAUAGUUGAGUUUGAAUUAAGAAAACCCAGUUGCAAUACAAAUAGUUCCACAUUGUGUUUUUUGGACAAUUUUGGCAAUGAUAUGUGGAACAAGUAUGUCUCCCACUACACCUCAGCAUUAAUGAAAAAGUAUCAUUUUGGACAUGGAGCAAUUGUACUAUAUUUACCUCCACCUGGUGUGAUGGACAGGAGGAAGGGGAGCUUUUUCAUGUUCAUAUUUUGGGCACUGUUAAUUUAGGGGCUCAUUAAAAGAAAAGCAUAAAGAUCAGUAAAUUGUUUCUUCAGUUUUAGUCCAAUCGUUUUGGGAACACCUGUGUAAAAACCUAGGAUAAAAACUCCGAGGUUCUGUUUAACAUGCAGGACCCACCAAAUGCUCACCCAAAUUCAGCACUGCAGAUUCUGCUGGUGUCAUCUCUUUGAUGUAUCCUUACCACAAUGUUCUCCAAAUGUGCUUUUGUAUCACGAUAAGCCUGCAUGCUUAUUAUUCUUACUGUCUUUGAUUCAAAUAUCCAUCUCGGUUCUGUGUUGUUUGCAUGACAAAUAGCAGAAAUUCUGAAUCUUCAAGGCUACAGAACAGAGAAAAACUUUACAGGGUGGAACAAAAAGAAUUGCUGUUUUCUGACUAUCCUUGUCAGCUUUCAUUAUUUUAGCAUUCUGUUCUUAUUUCUAUUCUGGCCAGAGUAGGUGAUGCUUCUCUUUGGUGCAUUAAAAUGAUUAAACUAAAAAAAGAAGAAGUGAGAGACUACGCUCUAGGUGUGAUAGAAUACAAGGUUACUGUAUCAUGCUAUGAGCUUGAGCAAAGGUUAUGUGAAGAAAAAAUAAUGUUUCAUCAUCUCUAGUGGAGAGUAGAUAACAUUGUUUUACUGAGGGGGGGGGCUUCCUAGCACCCCCAUAACUAGGAAAGCAUUUUAGUAAGCCAUAACGACCUUCCCUUCUUUCACAAAUUUCCCACCACUAAACAAGAAUAAAACAAAAAUUGGAAACACUUUGAGAAUAAUUCUGCAUGGUUGACCAACAGACAGGGAUGUAUAAAUCAUAUGAUAUCCUAGUUCAUAGACUCAAGGCUUGAGAAAGAGAAAUGCUUUUUAGUCUACCACUCCCAGAAUUCAUUGAACCAGUAUGGUCAGUAAGGUCCAAUCUCUGCAUACACUGUGGUGUAGUGCUGGGCUAUGACUCGAGAUCAGGGUUUGAAUACCUGCAUAGCCAUAGAAACCUACUGUGUGGUCUUGGAAAAGUCACAUUCAGUCUCGGAAGGCAAACACAAACCACUCUGAAUCAUUCUUGACAAUAAAAUCCUGCUUGAAAAUGGAGACAAGAUUUCUAGAAAAAUUUGGGAAAAAAUCCUUCAUCUUUCACUAAAAAGACACCUAUCCUGUCCACAAGAUUAAAAUGUAUCUAUUAACAAUGAUUAUCUGCCUUCAGAAUAGACAUCACAGAUGGAAUGGAUUUUUCCUGCACCUGCAGCCAAACAUUUAUCAUUCAUUUGCUUGAGAAGAUUGGAAGCCAUUCUAGAACAGACUGGGAUGAGACACAGGAGGAAGAAGCACAAUGACAGGGGAAGAAAUUCAUGAUAUGGAUAGAAAUUUGUUUCUUAGCUGAAGUCAAGUAUAUUCCAAAAAGUGGGACUUCCAAUAGCUCUAUUCAGGCAUUAUUUAUGUCUCCAUGUGCCCAUAAACAAAUCCUAAUGGAAUAUCUUUGUUCUCUAUGGUACAGCUGUUCCCUUUUGGCUUCUAAAUUAUGUGAAUGUUUUUGUAAAUGUAGCUGCAUGUGUUGUAUUUGUAUUAUAUUUUACAAAUACUGAAGUGGGAUCGUAUGUGAUACCAAAUAGUUGGUCUAACUGUUGCAUUCUUAGUCUUUUUUCUGUACUAACAUGGUGGCUUUCAUGGUGACUCUAUUCUGGGUUUGAGACUUAUCACAUGAAGCAGAAGAAACUCCAGUUCACCUAUGGAACCCCACGCCACCCAUCAUACAACGGAGGGUGACUUCUAGUGAGAUUCUGUGGGUGAAUUGCUGCCGUUAAUACAGAAGCUGCCCUGUGUUCCAUUAAGAAGAGUGGAGUGGCAUCACUUUCCCACAUGGUAUCAGAAAGUGUCCACUGGUGGCUGGGGCACCAGGAUUACCCACUGCUGCCCCAAUCCCACCUAGAUUCGCCACAGAAGCUGGCGAAUCAUGACUCUGGUCAUCAAUAUGAUGAGGUACUUAAUUUUAAAGUAGCUCUCCUAGCUGCUGAACCAAAUUUCCAAAAUAGAUCUGGCACCAAGGAGAGAUCUGUUAAAGCUUGGGAAAAAUUGUAUAGGACAUGGGAGUCACUGCCCACCACUGAGGUGUUGGUAGCUUUAAUAGUGCCUGAAUAGAGCUACUGCAAUCUUCAAAAUGUAGUUAUGGGAAGUCAUUAAUUCUUUCAGAGUUCUAACUCAAAUAAGGGUAUUCAACCAUCAUAUGCCAUUUAGACAACAUAAUGUACAUGGGUAUUAAUGUUUAUUGAUAAUAGUAUGCUAAGUAGAACUAGUCUGCCUUUGGCUGGAAGGGGAAUCUAAAAGCAGAGGCCAGAACAACCCCAUGGGAUAGUUAGGCAAAGGAAUCACUGCAAAGGAAUUAUUUUUUCAAACAUCCAUUCGGUUUAUACCAUAAGAUGGUAAAAUGGGAGGAAACAUAUCUUUUGGCCUCUAGAUUUGGUUAUUUCUGACCUUUUUCUUACUGUAUUGAGCAUUUCCUUGCUUACUUUUUUUUUUUUACUUUAAGAGCAGUUCAUCAGUGGAAUAGACUUCCAUAGAGGAUUGUCGAUUCUCCAUUGCUGGAAUUCUUUAAAUAGAGGUUGGAUGGGCAUCUUUCAGGAGUGUUUCAGUUGUGCAUUUUUGUAUGGAAGGGGGUUGGACUUGAUGGCCCUUGUGGCCGCUUCUACCUCUUAGAUUCUAUGAUUUGAGUAUUUCUUUUUUGUCCUUUCCUUGAUUCCCAUAGAACGAAAAUGUACAACAUCUACUAGGAGCUUUUAGAAUUAUUCCCCAAUACUGAUAUCAAGUUCUGGGGAGACACUAGAAGGCUUUAUACUCUGUUUCUUUAGCAUAUAUUUGAAACACCUUUUUUCCUACUCUCUAACAGGGCCCUUUCCACAUCCCCACAAAGGAGAUUUGCAAAGUCAAAUUUUAUUGCUUGUAGAGAAUCAUCUUAAAAUCCAAUAGUUCUUGAGUUGAUCAAAAUGAAGCUUUUCUUUUUGAACAGUCAAAUAGUAGGAUUUUAUCUUUUCAUAGUAGAUAGAUAUUCUCCAGUAGCUACUGGAAUACCUAAGGGGGACACCAUAUGCUCAGCAUUUGUUUACAUAAAUAAUUUAUUCAGGUAGGUCAGUGCUGGGGAACCACCACCAACAAAUUGUGAUUGUAGUCCAGCUACCAUCAUACACAAUCUGUCUGGCUAAUGGUGAACCAUGAUGGGAUUAAUCAUUCAUUAGCUAGGGGAAGAGCAUACGUUUCCCAUCCCUGAUAAAAGGCCUCUGCUCAAAAAAUCUGAUUAGCUACCUGCAAACUGGAUGGAAAUCUCAUCUACCAACUUCUCUCUUUUCUUAAACCACAUCCUAGUGGCUUUUGUGUUCUCACAACUGGAGACUUCAUGGAACGCCUUCCAAACUAUUCUUUGACCAAUCUGUUGACUUACCCAAAACCUAGGACAUUUAAAGUACAUAUUAGAGGUGGAAUGUGCAGGCAUGUAUAUGAUCCAUUAAUUAAAUGUCAUUAUAUUUAUUAAUGCUGCUGGGUGAAUGUUAAAAAAGAGAUGGGAGAGGAGACAGCUAUUUUUUCUUCUUUUAGAAAUUUCUAUGUUUUUGUUGAUAGCUAGAAAUCCCUUUUUAAAAAGUAAUUCUAUUUGCUGAGCUAUAUCCUAUAUAUUUUUAUUCAUGGUGUUAUAAAAUAGGACUGAGGAGUUGACUAAAUGACAGAGGGGGACAGUAACUUUUGUUGCCAAGAACAUCUGCUUGGGAGUACUUGUACAUGAGGCAACUUCCCCUUGUUACUCUAAAGGAACAUUAGAAUGGUAACAACAGUGUUAUGACAUUGGGUCAUUCUUAUUUUUUUCUCAAAGUGUGCAAAUAUAUCUAUUUUUUUAAUGGAAAAAGAUAUGUGAAAAGUGCAAAUUAUUGGAAAUUAGGUGAAAAAUACCUCUGCAAGCAAGUAUUGCUGUUCAAUAUUGUUACAUUUUCUUUUAAUAAACAAAAGGGACAAAAAUUA